AUGAUGAAUCCUUGUGUUUUCAUUAUUUUCUCACUUCUCUAUCUACAUCUGGAGCCUUCAACUGCCAACCAAUUGGUUAUCAACAAGUGCUCCGAUAACGAGAGAGAUGCUCUCCUUCAUUUCAAAUCUCACCUUCAAGACUCCCAUGACUCCGAUCAUCUCCCUACUUGGAGAGCUGACAAACAUGACUGUUGUACAUGGGAAGGAGUCACGUGCAACAACCAAACAGGCCAUGUUACAAAGCUUAAUCUCAGCGGCUAUAAUCUUGAAGGUGAGAUUAGCCAAUCAUUACUUAACUUAAGCUACUUGAAUAAUCUUUAUCUUUCAGGCAAUUCUUUUAAUGGAACCAUUCCCACCUUCAUUGGUUCCAUGACUCAGUUAAGGUACCUUGAUCUUAGCGAUAAUGAUUUUGAAGGAAUAAUUCCCAGAUCAGUUAGUUCCUUGACCAAAUUAAGAGCUCUUCGCCUCAACCUUAAUAAUCUUAAUGGAACCAUUCCCAGGUUCAUUUGUUCCUUGACCGAAUUAAGGAUGCUUGACCUUUCUUAUAACUCUCUUUAUGGAACCAUUCCUCCAGAGUUUGGAAACCUCACCAACUUGGAAAUACUUGUACUUUCAUAUGCUGGAAGGUGUAGAGUUGAAAACCUAGAUUGGUUAUCUCAUCUCUCUCAUAUGGAGAUACUUUAUAUGGAUGGGAUUUCCUUAGCCAGUCAAAAUCAUUGGGUAAAUGUAGUUCUGAGUAUCCCAAAACUAUUUACCUUGAGUUUAAAGGGAUGCGAGCUGUCACAGGUCAUGUAUCCAUAUUCUUCAUUUCUCAAUUCUUCUUCAUCUUUGAUAAGCCUCGUUCUUGGAAACAACAAUCUCACCUCAUCCAUGUAUCAUUGGAUGUUUCCAUUAACCAGCAAUAAGCUCCAGUAUCUUUAUCUCUCUGACAAUAUGUUAGAUGGGAUACCCAAAUAUCUUGGUAACCUCUCUAGUUUGGAAAAUUUGAUAUUUGAUAACAACUCUGCAAUGAUCGAAUUUCCUGUUUUUCUGAACAACUUGUCUGAUGAGAUCAGAACACUGAAAAAUCUUUUCUAUCUUGAUAUUUCCAACAAUGGAAUUUUAGACACCGUUCAUCAGGAUUUUUGGGACAUGUGGCCUUCUCAAUUAAGAUAUCUAAAUCUCUCUUCUAACAGCAUCAGUGGGAAAGCACCAGAUUUAUCAUCAGCUUUUGACAACAAUUCAGUAAUAGAUUUGAGUUCCAAUAACUUUUAUGGUCCAAUAUCAAAUGUUUCUUCCACUGUAGCAUCGUUAAAUCUUUCCAGAAACAAAUUCUAUGGAGGAAUCUCAUUUUUAUGCCAAAUUGUACAUGGGAACUUAUCAUUUGUUGACCUUUCCCAUAACUUUCUAAGCGGACAACUUCCAGACUGCUUGUGGCAUUUCAAAGAACUAAAAGUUCUUAAUCUAGGGCACAACAAUCUUUCUGGAAGGCUUCCUCCCUCUAUUGGAUCUUUGAUACAACUCGAAGCAUUGUACUUAUACGAGAACAACUUCUCUGGAGAAUUACCUUUUUCCAUAAAGAAUUGCACGAGUUUGACCUCAUUAAUUUUGUGGGCCAACAAGUUUUCUGGCAAUGUGCCUGUUUGGAUUGGUGAAAACUUGUCGGGGCUGUAUGUUCUUAUCCUAAGAUCAAACAACUUCUUCGGAACCAUCCCUUUGCAAUUAUGUCGAUUAGCAAAUCUUCAAAUUCUAGACUUGUCCAUAAACAAUCUCCAUGGAUCCAUCCCAUCAUGUUUGAAUAAUUUUACAAGUAUGAUGGUAUACGUAUUUCCUUUAAAGAUAAGUAUGUUGACAAUGCAAUAA